CCCUUUCGUAGUGAAUCAGCAUACAAUUCAUUCCUUCUUCUAGUUUAAUAGCUGCAGCGUUUUUGUGGUUCUGACUCACUCGGCGAAAACUGACCCUCAAGAUCGCAUCUGCUUGUCUCCAGCACGAGGAUAUAUACUUCAUCUCGCAUCCCUCUUCUCUUCUAUUUUCACGUCUCAAUUCGCAAAUCAAGCUCUGGUGAAUCAUGACAAUACAAAUAAGGCAAAAUCUUUCUCUAUAUAUUCGAAUCACGGAGCCAUAAGCUUCUUUUUAUCGUGAUGUCCGAAAGCACAAUUCUCGCACCUUUGGACUCUGCCGAAUUAAUCAAUUGUGGCUUGCUAGGCCCUGGCAGGACCACUGGAUCCCAGCGACUGCACAAACGUCGACUGAACCGCUCUAGCGAUGAAGAGAACCAUGAUAUAUCUCUCAACAUUUCUCUCUCUUCUCCAGCUGCCGACGGUGCAUUUGCCAUGAUUCCUGUGGCCCUCAUCUCAUACGAAACUCUUGUCUAUGUUGGCCUAUCUGAAGCAAAGGCUACCGAGCUGUGGAACCAAUGGACCAGCUGGCCGGCUCAGGGACCCCUUCGCGAGACUGAUCCCGACGAUGGUGGAUGGAUAGUCACUUUCAAAGACUUCAUCAUCGGUUCCUUCGAAAACCGGGUUGACGCUGCAGAUGAUAACGACCAGGAGUGGCGAGCGUGCCUGAACAGGUGUGGUGUGGCUGUUGACGUACAGAAUGCCAUCAUGGAUCCUCGCUUUAAGUAUCUUCGCCUAUCCCAGUCAUGCCUCUACUGGGUCAAUGACACUGUCAACAUGCGCUACGCAGGGCUCGAAGACAUUCAGAGAUCAUCACAUGAGCGAGAGAUGCAGCUACGGCGGAUUGCCACUCGUCCAGGUGAUAAGCAAGGAGGACGACAAGGCGGCUCGGACAUUGCUACAGAGUCAUCGUCUUCAGCCGGCCAAGGUCAACAUUCCGUCUCUGGCUUUCAACAACAGGAUACGCCUGGCAUUGGCCUGGAUAUCUGGGGCUCGACAAGUGCCAUCGCUGCCCGCAACGCUCCUGGACAUACUGUGCUCUUCAAGGGCCUCGAUCAGGGCCGCAUUGCUGGUCUUUUCGACGAGGCCGGAACCUUGGAUCGCAUUAGCACCCUUCUAAGCUCAGCACCGAGCGACCUCAGUGGCACUCGAUCCCUCUUCUACUUUACGCCGGACCACCAUGUGGCAGAGUACCAUGCUGCAUAUGCUAAACGGCGCGCUAAUUGUGAAUCUAUCGUCAUUGUCUGUCUCCGCAUUCCGAAUGCCGCCAUCGAGAGCUUGUCAGCAUCAGAUGUCCAAUGCAUUUACUGGCCUAGCAAUGAGUGGAAGGAACUGAUUUGGCUCUGCCGCACCGUAAAGUCUCUUCCAUUACACCUGCGAAAGUAUAGACAAGCUAUUCUCGUGAUCGGUACAGUUUCGCGGAAACCAGACAGUGUCUACCAUGCAAUGAACUCAUGGCAACAGGUUACGGAGACAUGCCUGUUUCGAGUUGGACCGCCUGGCCAGAAGAAUCUAACCAUCCAGUAUGUUUUCUCAGGAGAAGAAGACGGAUGUCAGUUCUUGAUCGAAAAUGGUGCCCGAAACAUGAAAAUCUUUCCCUAUCCUCAAUCUGAGCUUGAGGCGUGGCUUGCCGCCAGUUCUUCCUCCGACUAUUGAGGGCAAAGCAUAGGUCGAGCCACGAGGAGUCUGAAGGGUUGUCUCUCAAGGCUGGGCGAGCGUACAAUGUUUUCGCGAUGGCUCGGGGACUUUGGAGUAUAUGGACGUUGAAUUUCUAUAGCAGUCUAAAGCACAUUCGUGAUAAGAAGAGUACAGAGCAAUAGAAAAAAGAAAACUAUUGAAGAAUAGAAUCAGAUUGCUGGGGUUUGGAGCCUUGUUGUCACGUUUCGUCUGCUGCGUUUAAAUCCGGCCAGGCUUCUUCCAUAAAAAUUAUAGUUUGAAGCUAUGGCCGAGUUUUUCUAUUCAUAUCCCUCGUUUGAAAACUCCAAUUAACAAGAACCGC